ACCCUGAGAUUUGGAGCGGUGCCCGAACGAGGAACGAAGCGACGUUCUUGUCUUUUCUUCGUUCCUUUUCUUUACAAUUUGUCAAAACUUACACAAAACUAGCCCAUUUUGUCCAGAUAAUUCAUUGUGAAAUUUUGAAGAUAGAGUUAAGUACUGAACAGUGUUUUUCUAUCAAAUUUAGGCUUUCGCUUUAAUAGUACAAAGCCAGAAUGUGGUCCAGCCGCGGCAAAGAAAGUGGCUGGCUGUUGCUGGUGUUGUCAGUGUGCAGUCUAGGGAUUGUGGUACUGACAGAGCUGCCUCGCCCCCGGGGGGUUUCCCUAUCUCGAGCUAGUCUCUAUCCAGUGGAUAAUGGGGGAAAGUUUGUGUGUUUGGAUGGACGUAAGACGAUUCAGUGGGAGCAGGUUAAUGACGACUAUUGCGAUUGCGAGGAUGGUAGCGACGAGCCAGGAACUGCUGCCUGCCCGAACGGAAUAUUCCAUUGCACAAAUGCUGGGUACAAGCCGUUAAACUUACCCAGCAAUCGGGUGAACGACGGAAUAUGCGAUUGCUGUGAUGCUUCUGAUGAGUACGCUUCGAGGGCAAGCUGUGUCAACACCUGCAGCGAGCUAGGCAAAGAGGACAGAAUGAGGGAGAAGCAACGAACUGAAAUGGCUAAGAUGGGAAACCAGCUACGGACUGAAAUGGUUCAGAGAGGAAAGACUUUGAAGGAGGAGCAACGACUGCGUUUCGUAGAGUUGGAGAAAACAAAAACGGAAGCAGAAGCACUACGGAAGGAAAAAGCCGAUAUCAAAGACGAAGCUGAAACGCUGGAAAAUGCUGCUCUGAAGGUAUAUCGCGACCGUGAGGAGGAAGCACGCAAAUCAAAACAGGAAGCUGAAGCUUUGAGCAAUCGUGAGGAAGCUGAAGAUACGUUCCGCAAAUACGACUCAAAUCAAAAUGGAGUGGUGGAAAUUGUGGAACUGCAGACUCGCAUCGUGUUCGACCGCAACCGAGAUGGAGCGGUAACUGAGGACGAGGCGCGCUUUUUCCUCGAUGAGCAUGACCAGGUUGAUUUCGAAACGUUCGUUACGCUAUGCUGGCCUAAGAUUAAACCGUUCCUGAUGUUGGAUUCUGGACUGUUCAAACCGCCAAGUGAUGUCGAUGAGCUUGAGAAGGACGAACGCGAAAACGAACAGUAUGAAACUGAAGAAGCUGAAUUGCAAAAUGAGCGAGACGGGUAUGACCUAGAUGGAAGUGAACCUUCUCAAGCCUACCAGGAAGAAGAAGAACCUAAUGAACAUGACGAUGAGGAAGAAGAAGAUGAGGGUCAAGAUGAACAGGAGCUGGGUGAAGGACAAGUAGAGCAAGCGGAAGUACCGAAGCAGGAGUACGAUCCAGAAACUCAGGAGAUCAUUCGUAAAGCCAAUGAUGCAAGAAAUCAGCAUAGCGAAGCCGAUCGCCAUGUUCGCGAGAUUGAUCAGGAAAUGAAGAAAAUCGAAGAUUUGCUGAAUAAAGACUUCGGAAAGGAAGAGGAAUUCGCCCCGCUCAACGGAGAAUGCAUCAAUUACGAGGAUCGCGAAUAUAUCUACAAACUCUGUCUUUUCGACAAAGCUGUUCAGCAACCAAAAAGUGGUGGCUCUGAAACUAGAUUGGGUGUCUGGGAUAAGUGGGCCAGUCCGGACUACACCGUAAUGCGGUACGGUAACGGAGCUACCUGUUGGAAUGGUCCGGCACGGUCGGCCAUAGUUCACCUGGAAUGUGGACUCGAUACCAGAAUCACCGCCGUCUCGGAGCCGAAUCGCUGCGAGUAUGAAUAUCGUGUCCAGACACCCGCUGCCUGCUCCAUCGAUGAUCCCAACCGGGAACAGCAACACGAUGAGCUGUAGAGAAGUGGAGAAGCAUCGGAUAGAUUUUUAUUAGACUGUCAUCAGAUCACUCGGCGCAUUUCAUAAGUCAGCAAAUCAACCUAAAUUUAGAAAACAAAAAAACGGUAGGGCGUAGUAGAUUUAAAAAAUACGACAACAUUGUAAUUAUUUUAUUCCUUUGCCUCAAUUUUCAUCGUCGAAUGGUUCAUUAGUUGGUAAUAUUGAUGGAUUCUAUAAGAUUGAUUAGCGGUAAAGCUUGUCUGCAGGAGUCGAAGCUGGAUAAUUUUGAAAUUUGUCUCAGGAACCAGAAACAUCGUGUUUGUUUAGAAUGUAUAUUUUCUUCUUUAUAAAUUUGGACAAACAUUCCUUCGUUUUAGAGUGCUGAAUCAGUGAAAAUAGGUUCUACACUGUUUGUGCUGAAAGCAGAUAUAUUGUCAGCAUGUAACAUCAAUGUUAGAUCGAUAAAGUAACAAUCAAUUUGCUGGAACACUAGUAAAACACUAGAAGUCUAGAAGUGUACACCGAUAUUGGAUUACAUACCUUUCCGAUGUGUUUUUGUAUCUUGAAUGAAUGAUUGAAAAUAAAAUUCUGAGUAAUGAAA